UCGAAUCAAUAUUUUUCACACCAGUUAUUAAAAAAAUGCUAGUAAUUAUUAAUCAUUUUCGGAAUUCCAAUCGCGCAUUAUUUAAAUUAAGAGAAUUGGCUGGUAAUGCAACAUUAAAACCUCAAUAUCCAUGCAUUAUCCGUUGGACGACAUUUACAAAAUCGGCAGAAAAUAUAUUAGAAAUUAAAACAAAUUUAAAAGUAC